UGGGUGGAGAGUGAGAGGGGAGAGGGUGUCUCCGUCCCAAUAGGCGAAUCCUUUUUAAUAACCCGCCUCAAGAUAAUGWUGUAAAAAGACUGAAGCUUCUCGUGCGUAACGAGGAAUGAUUUGGUGAAGGUGAAUCCGGCACAGACUGAAAAGCAGUCAGAGGAGAGCGACACUUCUCCUCCUCCUCCUCGUCGCGGCACCUCCUCAGCUGACGAAGAGGAGCCUGAAAGUUUCACCCAACAGUCGGGAGAAACUCUCCGAGACGCGCCAAGAGUUUCCACACGCGACCACAGACUGCUGCGACCCACGAGGCUAUGGACCGGAGGCUGAGCCUGAGCGGAGGCGCGGGGGACAUUUUCCACAAAACUCUCAGCGCCGUGUCCACCAAGAAGAUGGACCCUUUCAGAUCGUCGGCCGGCCUCGAGCUGCCCACCAGAGACCGCCAAUCCCCGAUCGGCUGCUUCGACCAGGCCGACCCGGAUCCGAUUCAGCCGGGGGGACUGGCGGGCAGCAGAGGGGGGACGCUGGGUCUGCCGACCGGAUCUUUGUGCGUCAAUUACGGGGAGAGCGCCAACAGGACUUCGGCGGCGGAGAGCAGCGGCGGGGAGCAGAGCCCCGACGAUGACAGCGACGGCAGGUGCGACAUGGUCCUCCUGGCCGACGUGCGGACCGGCCCCGCAGGGAAAGCCGAGGGAGGUAAGAAAACCAAAGAGCAGAAAUUACUGAGGCUAAACAUCAACGCCAGGGAGAGACGGCGGAUGCACGACCUGAACGACGCGCUGGACGAGCUCCGGGCGGUCAUCCCGUACGCGCACAGCCCGUCUGUGCGGAAACUCUCCAAAAUCGCCACGUUGCUGCUCGCCAAGAACUACAUCCUCAUGCAGGCGCAGGCGCUGGAGGAGAUGAGGAGGCUAGUGGCGUACCUCAACCAGGGCCAGGCCAUCUCCGCGGCGUCCAUCCCGGCCACCACUGCGCUCGCGGCUCCCGGGCUGGGCGCGUACGACCAGCCGCCCGGAUACCCCUUCCCGACCGGCGUGGCUGCGUCCUCCUGCCCGGAUAAAUGCGCCCUGUUCAACAACGCCACCUCCAGCCUGUGCAAACAGUGCACUGACAAGCCUUAACUGCGCCCCGCAAAAAGAAAGAAAAAAGAGACUCAAAGAAGCGCAGAAGAAAGCAGGUCCCACUUUGGAGGACACUUUUGGAGAAACACACACAAAAAAGGACCGUGAGAUUCCUGUUGUUUAAAGUCACUAGACUAGAGACACAAAGUAACACCGAUGAAUACUUUUAUAAUAUUUACUAAACACAUUAAAACGCGCUUCUUCUUCUUUCUUUUUUUUUUGUUCCAACAAUACUUGAUUGUGUAUCUAAAUCAUUCUUAAAGUGCUGAUUGACAUGAAGGCCGAGCAGAAGAAGAAAGGCCUGUGAAAGAUGCAGCUGUUGUUUUUGGAUUCUUUUUGGAGAUUUGGGUGACCUGACAACUUUUCACACACACACACACACCCUCCCUCCCCCCGACCUCCUUCCUAUUUAAAUCUGAACACCUUCCCAGAGCGUUUAUCUCACUUUCUGCUGCUUUCUCCUGAAUCAUCACCCGAGUUUUCUUUCAUUUCGCCAUCCAAAGGCCUGAUAUAAAAUCUUUUCUCUUGAAUGUUACACAGUCAUCCAAAUCAGCUCUUUGUUUAAUGCAGAUUCUUGUUAACAUUGUUCAUUUUAGGAGCCAUUAUGAUGUAAUAAAAAUUCAAGAAUUUAAAAACAAAAAAAAUCUGAAUCAAGUACUCUAAAAUGUUUUUGAACGUGUGUUUUGUAAUUUAUUCAUUUGGGGAUAUUUAUGAUGGAUACUUUUGCUUGCAUUGCACUUUGUUGUUUAAGUUGAUGUAUUUUUCUUUGAAAAUUAUUAUUAUUUUCAUUUUGAAAUAUAAAGUGUUGAGAUGAAACGCGUUGUCAGGUCAGGCUGUGUGGUUUAUUGUAGAUACUUCAGUUCUUCUAUGAGCAAAGAGGGCCGUUUGUAUGUAUUUCAGUGUUGAAAAGCUUUAUUAAAAUAUUUUGAACAACA